AUGUCGACUAUUAUGAGAACGCUGCGCAACUUGCGCUCAAUUGGCCUCAAGGAAUAUGGCCACCAGAUGCAGGUACGUCCGCCGCUCCGGAAUCUACGAAUGACCCUCGACGAACAACAACAACUCACUCGAACCUUCGCUGGUAUAGUACAUGGGUACGACGUGCAACAAUCUCGACAUCUCGCGACUGCAACUGAAGGAGUANUAGGUGAUACCAAGGCUGGAACCCUCAUCGGCCAGGACCGUUACGGCAACAAGUACUAUGAGAACAUGGAGGACCUGCNNCCUGACAAGGAGUUCAACCCUGAUCAGAUCGAGCCCGGCUGGUAUGAAAUGCUGCGAAAGUUACGCAUCGCGCUUUCUACUCACAAAAUGAUAGGCNACGCCUGGAUGUCAUACAUGGUCGACAAAGCCCCAUCCCAAGACCCCCUUCUCCAGAGACAGGUUCGCCCGUGGGAGCCUGCCGAGCACCGUCCCUGCUUGACCUGGAGCAGAAGUGCAUACAGACCCUUCAGCACUGUCAAGAACAAGUACCAGCCAUGGACCCCAGUUGCUGCUCCUAGAAACUAA